AUGGCUGAUCAUCGAUUUGUUAAAGUCCGUGAAGAUGGAGAAAUAGUUGCUAUUCCUCUGUCAUCUAAUGGAAGAUUGGCGUUGCAUAUGCUAAAGAUUGCUUACCCGCGUGCUUAUGGCUUAAAGUAUACAGAUCAGAUUGUUCCUACCAGACCUAAUCCAUCAAAAUAUCUUGUCUAUUUUGAUGGAAAAGAAUUUUUUUCUGACCCGAUUGCCGGAUGGAAUGGAAUUUUUGAAGUUAUGUGUACUACACCUCCUCCAAGUCCUCCUAGAAGACCUAUGAGUGGUAUUUCUUUUUUUCUUUAAAUAAUUUUCUGUUAAAGUUUAUUGAUAGGUUACGCUUAAAGAUUGAGAAGUGAUGCAAACGACCGGUCAUUUUAAAUCUGGUGAAGGAUAGGCGUUUAAAUAUUUUUUGUUUUAAUUUAUUAAUUAUAUGUUUGUGUAUAUGUGGCUUU